AUGAGCUCCAUGUUGGCUGAGCAGAAGGUAGAGCUGAGACACCUACAGAGAGAGAAUGAAGCACAAGCAGCCAAGUUGAAAGAAGUGGAGGUGCAGAAGACUCAGCUGGACCAGCUGAAGCAACAGCUGAGACACCUACAGAGAGAGAAUGAAGCACAAGCAGCCAAGUUGAAAGAAGUGGAGGUGCAGAAGACUCAGCUGGACCAGCUGAAGCAACAGGUCCAAGUACAAGCAGCCAAGUUGAAAGAACUGGAGGUGCAGAAGACUCAGCUGAACCAGGUGCAGCAACAGGUCCAAGUACAAGCAGCCAAGUUGAAAGAAGUGGAGGUGCAGAAGACUCAGCUGAACCAGGUGCAGCAACAGGUCCAAGCACAAGCAGCCAAGUUGGGAGAACUGAAGCAACAGGUCCAAGUCAAGUCAAAAGAACUUGAGGUGCAGAAGACUCAGCUGAACCAGGUGCAGCAACAGGUCCAAGUACAAGCAGUCAAGUUGAAAGAACUGGAGGUGCAGAAGACUCAGCUGAACCAGGUGCAGCAACAGGUCCAAGCACAGGCAGGAGAACUGACUGCUGUUAAAGUUAAGACCAAUGUGACAGAAAACCAGGUGGAGGCUCUGAUGAGAGACAGAGAAGUCAAACAGGUGGCCUUCUCAGCCUCUCUGUUGGCUUCAGGCUCAGGACACAUAGGACCAUUUAAUGCAUACACUAAUCUGGUCUUCAGACAUGUCCCCACAAAUAUUGGAAAUGCCUACAGCCCAAACACAGGUUUUUUCAUUGCACCAGUGAGAGGAGCCUACCACUUUGAGUUCCACGUAGGUGCAACUGGAUCUUCACAUGCCUCAGCUGCUGUGUUGGUCAAGAAUGGACAGCACAUUUUUAUUGCAUAUGAACAUCAGCCUUCACAUCAUGGGAGUUCUUCUAAUGGUGCUACACUGCACUUAGAGGUUGGAGAUGUGGUGUUUUUACGUCUGUGGGCGAACACAAGGAUUUAUGACAAUGGAAAUCACCAUAGCACCUUCAGUGGUCACCUGCUUUUCACUAUGAAGGGUCUUGCAUCUCGGAGGCUGCCAUUUUGCACCACUGUGUGUCUGCACCUGCCCAAACCAACAGAUGAGCAAGAUUCUCUCUGCUAUGUGAAGGCCACCAUACUUAGCUGAUUUGCUUUGGUAAGGGAGGGAUGAGCAGAGGAGACGUCACAUUGUUAGAAUCUGCAGUCUCUGCAUCAGCAGUGUGAAUGUACUGGUUAUUCAAGGAUUUGUCGCUACAUUUCUAAAUCCAAGUAGAUGUAAAUUUGUGUGCUGUGUUUUCAGAGUUGUUUUCCAGAUGACAUGUUAUCUAGUUGAUCACCUGCACGUGUUUCUCUUUAUCAGGUUCUGCUAAUGAUUGAUCUGGAAAAAACACUAUUUAAGGAUGGGAUUAGAAACAGAAUCUACAAAGACCACAUAGAUCCACAGAGACCAGACUUGUAGACCAGUGAAAGAAUGGAGGUGACAUUGUUUUUCCCACUGCUGCUGUUCUGCUC